AUGACAAAUCCAACUUGUUCCAAAAUUCUCAUGAAAUCUGUACUCAUAAUGUGCUUCAUGUUGCAAGUAGUGGACCUUGUUUGUUCUAAAGAAAAUGCAAAGUGUAUAGAGAGUGAGAGGGAAGCACUCCUUCAAUUCAAAGCUGCCAUGGUGGAUGACUUCGGCCUGCUCUCGUCGUGGAAGGAGAAGAGCAAUUGCUGCCAAUGGAAGGGUGUUCAUUGCAGCAGACUCACCGGCCAUGUGCAAAGACUUGAUCUCAGUUCAGAAGCUGAAUACAUUGAACUCAGAGGAAAGAUUCCAGAAUCAUUGUUGGAGUUGCAACAUUUGAGGUACUUAGAUUUCACUGGGAUUCAUUCCCAGGACAAUCAUAUCCCUGAAUUCUUUGGUUCUUUGAGAAAUUUGAGGUAUCUUGAUCUGUCACAUUGUGGUUUUGGUGGAAAGAUUCCAACUCAAUUUGGUUCUCUUUCGCAUUUGAGAUACUUAAAUCUUCAAGCUAAUCUUCUAGAGGGUUCAAUUCCAUUUCAACUUGGAAAUCUGUCCAAGUUGCAAUAUCUCAAUCUUGAUGUCAAUGAUUUAGAAGGGACAAUACCAUCUCAAAUUGGGAACCUUUCAAGCUUGCAAGAGCUUUAUCUCUUCAAUUUUGGUACUCUCAAAAAUGGUGAUGGUGGUGGCCAAUGGCUGUCCAAGCUCAAUUCUUUAACCCAUCUUGAUCUGAGUCAUGUAUUGAAUCUUGAGAAUUCUCAUUACUUGUUCCAAAUGGUUGCUAAUCUGUCCAACCUAAGAGAGCUAAGUCUAACCAAUUGUAACUUUUCGGAUCAUUCUAUCUCUUCAUUUUAUCCUUUCAAGUUCAAAUCAUCAAAUUCCUUAUCUGUCUUUGAUCUUUCUUUGAACCACUUCACUUCAUCCAUGAUAUUCCACUGGGUGUCAAAUGUCACCUCAAACCUCAUUGAGCUCAACCUCAGUGAUAAUAACCUCUUUGAGGAUCAUGUAUCAAAUAAUUUUGGCAUGGCAAUGAAUUCUCUUGAGAACCUUGACUUAAGAGAUAAUAAACUCAAGGGGAGCAACAUGAAGUUGUUAUCGAGUAUCUGCACUCUUCGAUCAUUAUACUUGUCCCAAAACAAUUUUACUGAAGAUCUUGCAUCAAUUCUUCAUAAUUUGUCAGCUGGCUGUAUGAGGGACUCACUAGAAGAAUUGGAUUUGAGCAAUAAUCAAAUCACUGGCUCAUUACCUGACCUUUCAAUCUUUCCAUUCUUAAAGCAGUUAGAUCUUUCACUUAAUCGGCUAAGCGGAAAGAUACCUGAAGACAUCACAUUGCCAUCUCAGUUGGAAUCAUUUUCAAUCUCAGGAAACUCUUUAGAAGGUGUAGUUCCAAAUUCAUUUGGGAACACAUGUACCUUGAGGUCAUUAGAUUUUUCAUUGAACAAUUUGAGUAGGGAGCUUUCAUUGAUAAUUCACCACUUAUCUGGCUGUGCUAGAAAUUCACUCCAAGAAUUGCAUCUAGAUGACAAUCAAAUUUAUGGCACAUUGCCUGACCUCUCAAUAUUCCCAUCUUUAAAGAAAUUAUCUCUUGAUGCAAAUAUGCUAAAUGGGAGGAUUCCUCAAAAUAUUCAAUUUCCACCACAAUUGGAGACUUUGUACAUGGGAUCAACUUCUUUGGAAGGUGUGAUUACCAAUCAUCAUUUUGCUAAUAUGUCAAAGUUGAAGGUGCUGGAUUUGUCUGACAACUCAUUGUACUUGAAAUUUAGCAAUAAUUGGGUUCCUUCUUUUCAACUGAGAGAGAUAUACUUGAGAAAUUGCAAGUUAGGUCCAUCUUUUCCCAAAUGGUUGCAAACACAAGAUAACUUGUUGAGCCUUGAUAUUUCUAAUGCUGGAAUUUCAGAUGUUGUUCCACACUGGUUUUGGACCCUACCAUCAUGGAAACUAGAAUCAAUGAACAUUUCAUACAACAAUCUUACAGGUACUAUUCCAAAAUUUCCAGUAAGAUUUAGUGAAUACCCAUCGAUAUCUCUAGCUACAAAUCAAUUCGAAGGUCCGAUCCCACCGUUCUUGCGAAGAGCUAUCUCCCUUGAUCUGUCUGAUAAUAAAUUUUCAGACUUUGAUUUGUUUGCAUGUGCCAAUGGUAUAGUUGAACAAUUAGGCAAAUUGGAUUUUUCAGAUAAUCAUCUAUCUGGAAAAAUUCCAAAUUGUUGGAGCAAGUUCAAGUCUUUAAGCUAUAUAGAUUUGAGUAAUAAUAAUUUGUCUGGAGAAGUUCCUACCUCAAUAGGAUCAGCUCUUCAACUUCAAGUGCUGAUGUUGAGAAACAAUCACUUAACUGGGAAGCUACCAUUCUCAUUAAGGAGUUGCACAAAUUUAGUAAUGUUAGAUGCAGGGGAAAAUGAACUAUCAGGGGUUAUACCUUCUUGGAUCGGGGGCGAUUUACAACAAUUGCAGAUGUUGAUCUUGCGAAGAAAUCGCUUCUAUGGAGGUCUACCAUUGUCUCUUUGUCACUUAGCAAAUAUUCACCUUUUGGAUAUUUCUUCUAACAAUCUAAAGGGACAAAUUCCUACAUGCUUCAAGAACUUCACUGCAAUGAUUAAGGGAAUGAAGGACAACAAUAUGAUUUAA